CGGCGGGGGCGGCCCGACGGGCGGCGGAAGUGCUGAAGCCAGCGGCGCUGCCCGGCGGCGGGCAGCGGAGGCCGCCUGAGGCGGCGGCGGGAUGCUGAGGGUGGCCGCCGUGCUGCUGGCAGCCGCCGUCGCCGCGCUGCUGCUCGACUGGUACGCGCCCGCGGGGUCUCCGCGCCCGGUUCCGGCGGGGCGGCGGCGUCCCCGAGCCCCUCAGCCGGCCCCCGGGGCGGAGGUCGCCAACCUGCUGUGGGCAGUGCAGGUGUCAGAUAUUCAUAUAAGUAGAUUUCGGGAUCCCAAACGAGCUACUGACUUUGAAAAAUUCUGUUCUGAAACAAUUGAUGUAAUUCAGCCAGCACUUGUUCUAGCAACAGGUGACUUGACAGAUGCUAAGACGAAAGAUAAACUGGGGUCUGAGCAGGUAGAAGUAGAAUGGAAAACUUACCAGUCAAUCCUGAAGAGAUCAAGGGUCAUGGAAAAAACCAAGUGGAUAGACAUCAAAGGCAAUCAUGAUUCAUUCAACAUUCCACACCUGGAUAGUGUUCGGAAUUACUACAGGAAAUACUCUGCCUGGCGUAAAGAUGGCUCUUUCCAUUAUAUCCACACCACCUCUUUUGGGAACUAUUCAUUCAUCUGCGUGGAUGCCACACUCAGCCCAGGCCCAAAGAGACCCUAUAAUUUCUUUGGGAUUUUAAAUAUGAGUCAAAUGCAAGAGCUCUCUAUGAUGGCAACAGAAAGCCUCUACAGCAAUCAUACUGUCUGGUUUGGCCAUUAUCCUACCUCAACAAUCAUCUCCCCAGCCCCAGGAAUACGAACGUUAAUGAGUUCUGCCACAGCUUAUUUAUGUGGACAUCUCCAUACAAUGGGUGGACUGAUGCCAGCCUUGCACAGUCAACACCAUGGUGGCACUCUGGAACUGGAAUUGGGAGACUGGAUGGAUAAUAGGAGGUACCGGAUCCUUGCAUUUGAUCAUGACCUCCUUAGUUUCACAGAUCUUACCUUUGAAGAAUGGCCUGCAGUUCUCAUCACCAAUCCCAAAUCCCGCCUUUACAGUAGUUCUUCUCAUGAACCACUAGUAAAAAUUCUUUACUCCACUCAUAUCAGAAUUCUGGCCUUCUCUCCUUCUGUCAUUACCUCCGUCAAAGUCUAUAUAGAUGGAGUUCACUUGGGGAAUGCUCAUCAGGCAUCUGGCCCUCUCUACGUGCUGAAGUGGAACCCGCAAAAUUACAGUGAAGGGUCCCAUCAAAUAGAUGUGAUUGUCCAGGAUGCUUCAGGAAGAGUUAGCAAACGGGGUCAUAUAUUUUCAAUGGAAGAAAACCUUUCUCUUAAAUUUGGCUUUUUGCCAUCUGUUAUUCUUCUUACUGACCACUAUGUUCUAGCUCGUAUGCUGUUUGGAUUGAUUGUGCUGAUUCAGAUUGCCUUGCUCGUUGCUUUCAGAUACCUCCAAAAACCAGCACUCAGAGAAAAGCCAGGACUACUGAGUCUGACCUCAUUUUCCCUUCAUGUCUUCAGUAAAACAAACACCUUAUAUUACUCAAUUCUGCUUCUGAAUUUAUACACGAUUUUGGGACCAUGGUUUGUAGGUGAACUAGUAGAUGGCCAGCUGGGGGCCUGUUUUUCUUUCGGGGUCUUUGUUGGUGGUUCCUUCUUACAGGGCAGUCUGACGUAUGUGGUUGGGAUUUUACAGAUGUUGUUUUUCAACAUGCCAUUAAUGGCCUAUCUGUGCUGGUGCCUGUUGCUGCGGUGCCAGGGUCACAGUUUCCAUUCUCACAUCCAUCACGUCCGACGCCUCUUGGCUGUGCUUAUACAUCUGGCAAUGGCACUCCUGCUGGCUUGGCAGGUCUAUUCUUGCUAUUUCUUGCAGCGAACCUAUGGGACCUUGGCUUUCUUCUUCUCCCCAAUGAGAACGUGGCUGGUGGUGCUGACCUCAGCUCUGAUUUAUAAAACCUGGACACUUAAACCAUCUGAGCUCAGAACUUACAUAGUAGAAAUGAAAAACUGUCAGAGCUCCUGAAAUACAAUAAAGUAGUCCAAGUUUGUCAACUUACAACUGUCAAGACAUGACCUAUAGUUUUGUGUUGCUGGAAUUCCAUACAGCCCAGCUGUGAAGUGGUAAGAUUUGAAGCUGCACCUGCAUCGCUACAGAACUGUAAUAAAUUGUAAAUGUAUAACAAUAUGUAUUAUAUGCUUGUAUUAUACAUAGGCAGUAUACUAUAUAAUACAUGUUAUAUAAUACAGUUAUACAUUAUACAUUAGAACUAUACAGUAGAUUGUGUAAUAAUCUCUAGAUAGAUCUGUAUGGAUCACUAAUGGAAUUGUUUGCUCAUUACUGCUGUAAUACUUACUUUUAUUCAUUACAUUCUUGAUUUUUAUAAUGCUGGGACAAAUGUGAAUAGAUCUUGAUAAGAAGCUCCAAGAUUUAUGCUUAACUUCGCUUUUGAUUUCAAGAUUUACAUAUAUUUCUAUGAGACUUAACUACAAGACCAGACCAGAUGUCUUCAUGAAUUAAUGUUUAUUGCAAAGGUGCUGUGUGGCCUUCCCAGUAAGUCCUAUGCUUACACUCUUUUUUCAGUUCAUAAUGCUUUUUAUGAGCAGUUUAUAGGCCACUAGGUGAGUGUAUGCGUAUUUGUAUGUUUACCUGAGCCAUGGUGUUAGCCUUAUCCUGAGAGUGCUGGUUAAUUAACAUACUCCCUCUCUGGGAGGAAAUAGUUGUUUUCCCACUCUUGAGGUGCUAAUUUUCCCACUUUCGACCAGUGAAAGGACUGUGAAUGAUCAAUGUUGCUGCGAUUCCCAGUUGUAGUCAGACUUCAGCUUUAAAGCAAAGAAUGAAGAGGAAGCUAUCAGGCUGGGAGAGACAGAAGGAAUCCUGUGAUCUAAUGGCUAUGUUAUGCCUAAUUUAGGGCCUCAGGACUGUAUUUCUGGGUCUCAGUCAAACAUGCGGACAAGUGACCUAGGAAACUCAUUUCUUUGUUUCUGUUUUUUCCUAAGUCAAAAAGUGAUAGAACAGUUACAUUUAUGAAGAACUUAUGACCCAGAGCCAAAAGAGCUGUGUCUUUAGUAAUUACAAAUUUCCUCUGCUCCUCUUCUCAGCUCCUCCGGGAAAUACAAUUUUUUAAUAUUAUAUUCUUGUAAAAUGUGAAGUUCCUAAUUUUAACAAUAGUUCUUUGUUAUAUAACAACACCUUAAGGUGAUUGUUAAGCUUCCUGCCUCAGUUUCCCUAUCUGUAACGUAAGGAGAACUCUGGCCUGCUUCACAAGACUGCUGUGAGUAGAACAUUAGAAGUACUUCAUGUAAUUUAGAGUAACUUAUUUUUGGUUUAUUAAGAAAAAGGAGUAACAUUUUUGGUAUAUUAGAAAAGACAGCAACUGUACUAGAAACGGUAAAAAUAGUAAAAGAGCAAAUUGAAUUAGAAGGAAAUGCUACUUACAACUAAGACUUUCGUUAGUUUUAAAAUCUGACAAUCUUACUAUUCCUUAAUUCCAAUUCCUCAGCGAUUGACAAUAUAAUAGGAUCAAGAGUAACAGCUCUCAUUUGCAUAAAUUACAUACUGAAAGUUCUUAAAGUACAAGCCUUGGGGUUAGCCUCUAAUUUCGCUGUCCUUAUUCAUAAAAGCAUGUGGUUGCCCACUUUAACUGUGAAUAACAACAAUCACAAAGUAUGUGAGCUUUCCCUUAAAAUUAUAUUUAUAUGGAUUUAUAUUUUCAUAUAUAUAUGGGCUUCAUAAAAUAGCCCAUCUCCCAGAACACAUCACCAGUCACUUAAGGGAACCAGUGAUAACCUCUGACACACAUACAGAUGCUAUUAUAAUAAAUCUGCAAGCCACUCCAUUAAAAAAAAAAAAAAAGCCUUUGCUCCUCUGUUGCCCUGUGAUGCUCAAAAGGCACUAAUCAACAUUGUAGACUAAAGUGAGAUAUUCCAGGGAUAACUGGCCCUGUGUUGACCCAAUUAAUUGCCUGGUUUGUGUCCUCUCUUGAAAUUAAGCUCUUUUGCUCCCUGACACGCUGCAUUUCUCAUGAGAAGAUAACAUGUAUUCUAACUUUUGCAUCAAUCAGCAGUAGUGUAAGAGAGACUUCAUAGCACUGCAUGGUUUAUGACAUGUUAUUCCAGUUUAUGGAUGAAUUCUGGAUGAGAAGAGUUUAAUUUUUUUACUUGAAUGGAAGAAAAUUACUUUGGCAUUUAUUAAUUCUAGCAUAUAGUUCUUUUUAAAAUAGUACUCCUUGGCUGUUGGGGUUAACCAUAAGAAUACAUAGGUCUUCUGAAGUCAAGAGUAUUCUUUCCAAACUGCUUGUUAAGGGGACAAAUAAGAGCUACACAAAAUGAGUGAGCAAAGCAAGUAACAGAUCGUGGAAUCAGACUGAAAUAUGUUAUAUGUUGCCAGCAGACAUUAGUAAGAUCUGUGGAAAAAAAAAAUAACUUUUGUAGUAUAAAGGUUUCUAUUAAAAUACCCUGCAGGUUUGGGUUGUUUU